UACUCGUACAGCUGAAAUACAAUUCUCAGAGUGGGCUUUUCGUUGGUGGUGCUAUGCCAUCGAUGAGAUAGCACUUGUCCCUGGCGUCUUCGCAGGUGUCCUUGGUGCCUGCCUUUUCGGUGCCCUCCCAGCGGAAGUAGGGACACUCGUGCUUCUGGUGGUAGUCGCUCUGGCAGAGGAACACCAUCAGGAGGUAGGGCCGACAGGCAUUCUUGAGCAGCGCCUUGGCCCCGGGACUCGCCUUCAGCAGAUUGUAGAUGCCCACAGCGUCUUUGCGGCAAUGCUCGAACAUUCUGAUGUGGUACUCCUUCUCCUUGGGCCGAUCCGCGUAUGUCGUCUCCGCGUCCAGCUUCACCAUCUUCAUGUUGAUCGUGUCACUCUUCCCAAUGUACUUCUUCUGCUUGUACAGGCACUCUACGAAACACUAAAAGGGAUUCAGUUCGGCCUCCCCAUCCCAGAUCUGUGCCAAAUACAAACCGAGAGAAAUCGCAGCGUUUUGCCGACAUCGCUGUCCCCGUCUGGUGGCAGCUUCGAUGAGUGAAUGGUGAAGCAUUUGACCAGCUCUUCCUCCGUGCCGAUGUAGAGCUCCUCGCAGCAGCCGUUACGCUGUUUGAGGAUGCUAAGUGAAUGACUCUCCCCGUGCAGAUUUCCCUUUGCUUUUCGCUCACCUCCUUGCCGCACUUUUGCUCAGUUAAAUCCUCGCCGGAGCUGGAGAUGGCGAUGCUGGUGGUCUCUUCAGAGUCCUGCUCCUGCCCCGCUACUAUGGCCACCAGGAGGAGAACCAGCCAGCAGGAAAUCGUCGGGUUAGCCAUCGUUCUUUAAAUGGGAUCGCAUGGGUGGCUAGCUGGCGAUUUAUAACAUCCGCUGACCCACUGUACUUUCGUUAUUUAAUUAGCCGCGUUAUCGGAUUGCUUAAUUAAAUGUAACAAAUGAGUCAUUAAGUCGGUCCAAGUGCAAUGGGGGGAAACGCAUUUCCAGACUUUCUGAUGGGUCACCAUUUCCUGUCUGCUGACCAAAGCGCCUCUAUAAAAGCAUUCAGAAUCUGCAGAUUACUUCAGUUGAAGCAGCACAAUGAAGCCCAUAAUUCUGUUGAGUUUCACCUGCCUGAUCUGGUUCGCCAAUGGCAUUAGCAUUGACUGCGAAAACCCGGAGGCCAUCAACGAGGAGCACAUCCACUACUGCUGCAAGCAUCCCGACGGACACAAUGACGUCAUCGAGAAGUGCGCCAAGGAGACGGGAUUCCAGCUGCCCAGCCAGAACGAGGAGGCAAUGGUGGACAUCACAGCGGAUCGGGCCAUUCGGGGCACCUGCUUCGGCAAGUGUGUCUUUGGCAGUCUGAACUUCAUGACAGGCGACGAGGUGGACAUGGAGGCGGUGCGAAAAUACUUCAGCUCCAAGUUUGAAAACGAUCCGGAGUACGCCAACGAAAUGAUCAGCGCCUUUGACCACUGUCACGGCAAGAGCGAAGAGAACACCUCCAAGUUCCUGUCGAAGCCCAUCUUCCGCCAGAUGUCCCAUCAGUUCUGUGAGCCCAAGUCGAGUGUGGUAUUGGCCUGCGUGAUCAGACAGUUCUUCCACAACUGCCCAGCCGAUCGUUGGUCCAAGACCAAGGAGUGCGAGGAUACGCUGGCAUUCAGCAAGAAGUGUCACGACUCUUUGGCCACUCUUUAAAAGAGUCAGUGGAGUAUAAAGAAUGUGAAU